GCAUAUAGACUCGGUCCCCCUGUAAUUUGUAUGUAGUGCUGAGCUGUGGGGCUGAAUCGUGUUAAAUGGCUUGAUAAAGCGGCCGUUUCGAUUCAGCCGAAGGUAACGGUGCACGGUCAGUGUACUAAAGGACAAAGGAGCCGAAAAUGCGACGGGGACUGACGGGAAGAGCUUUUGAGAUGCUGGCUUGCGGUUCACUCGCCAGCCUGGGGGUGACAAAGAUGUUUUCGCCCAUCACGAGGGCGGUCGCCCCCAUUUCCGCGAGCCGCAGGCUCCGGUCCACCUCCUCGAUGCAGGGCUACUUCGAGCUGGCUCGGGAAAGGUCCAAAACCGUCACUUCGUUUUAUAACCAGUCAGCCAUCGACGCGUCCGCCGAAAAGGCCUCGGUCAGACUGACACCAGCCACCAUGCUGUAUGCUGGAAAGUCGCAAGAUGGACAUCACAUUCUGAGCAGUGCCAAAUAUCUGCACAAGGAGCUGCCGGUGCGUAUUGCCCAUCGCAUCAAAGGCUUCCGCAGCUUACCCUUCAUCAUUGGCUGCAACCCUACUAUCCUGCAAGUGCACGAGCUCUACAUUCGGGCGUACCACAUGCUGAGCGACUUCCCAGCGAUCAAGGAUCAGGAGACAGAGGCUCAGUAUUGCAAGCUGGUGCAGCAGCUGCUGGACGACCACAAGGACGUGGUGACCAUGCUGGCCGAGGGGUUUCGGGAAUGUCGCAAGCACCUGCAGGACGAGACCCUGAUUCGGAGCUUCUUGGACACCACGCUAACCUCGCGCCUGGGGAUCCGCAUGCUGGCCUCGCACCACCUCGCUCUGCACGAGGACAGCCCCGACUUCGUGGGAAUAAUCUGCAGGCGCCUCUCGCCGAAAAAGAUCAUUGAGAAGUGGGUGGAUUUCGCCCGGCGUCUCUGCGAGCACCAGUACGGAAACUCGCCCCGGGUCCGGAUCAACGGGCACGUAGCUGCGCGCUUCCCGUUCAUCCCUCUGCCGCUCGACUACAUUCUGCCGGAGCUGCUGAAGAACGCCAUGAGGGCCACCAUGGAGAGCCACCUGGACACGCCCUACAACGUGCCUGACGUAGUGGUCACCAUCGCCAACAACGAUACGGACUUCGUCAUCAGAAUCUCAGAUCGAGGAGGAGGAAUCCCUCACAGGAUCCUGGACAAGGUCAUGGACUAUCACUUCAGCACGGCCGAGGAGAGUGCCCAGGACCCACGUAUGAGCAACCUCUUCAACAACAUCACCAACAGCGGCCCCCAGUCUGGCCCCAUGCAUGGAUUUGGCUUCGGCCUGCCCACCUCCAGGGCAUACGCGGAGUACCUUGGCGGUUCCCUGUCCAUUCAGUCGAUGCAGGGCAUCGGCACCGAUGUCUACCUGCGUCUGCGCCACAUCGACGGCAAGGGGGAGAGCUUCCGUGUCUGACCCCCAAACCUGCUGUGGAGAGACUACUGAAGGGUGGCAGUAUCUCCCAUUAACCUUCCUCCUGCCCCCAGCCACCUUGGGGACCAGCACCCCACUGCGGCAGCCGCUGCCAGUAGUAGACUUGAGCUGCUGGGAUGACUACUUUCAUUGUUUAUUCGUACGACUGUAUUUGCAAGGCUGAAUUCAGGUACUGUUCAAUAGUCGAUGGCUCGUCGGAAAGGUCUGCGUAACGACCGACGUUGAGGAAACCUUCAGCCUUCAGGAAGUUGAUUCAUAUGGACUGCGUGUGAUCCUGACCUCGCCCAUCAUCUUUAAAGGGCCGACACGUGCAGAAAAAGCUAAGGAGACGAGUUUCCAUCAGAACCGCCUCUCGCCAUGUUCCCACAAGUAUGGAAAGAGACCAGCGUGACGUGACAGCUGACGUGGAGAAUCGCCCCGGAUGUAUUGACCCGAUCUUGUAAUUUGUGUUGGGACGCACUGCCGAAGGACUUCGGUGACCAUUUAACGCUUGCCUGUGUUUAAACACUAACAAGCAACACGGUGGGGAACAACUCAGUCUAACUUUCAUCUCGACGACGGUUGCUGAUAAAGGCUAGACGUGUAUUUAGCUGGCUUUCAGUGUGGACGAUUUAAGUAAAAAUUUGGACAGUCUAUUACACAUAAGUACUCGACAUUGGCUCAUAUUUCACUCAUGUAGCUUUUGGUCUUUACUUUCUGAACUUCGUGCAGUUCGUGAUACUAGUUACCUUGUAAAGCCAAUGACUUUAUAUGUAUUGUUUUUUUUUGUUUUUUUUUUUGACCACACUGAAAAUGCCUUUUAAGUGCUAACAUCACUAUUUAACAAUGCUAUGUAUUGUUUAUACACGUGUUCGUUAAUCUUGCCUGAUAAGCUGUUGGAGUGGGACAUUGCUUUUCUUUGGUCAUUCAAAACGUUAGCGACACGUAUGCAGCUUACAUUCCGUUGAUGGUCAUUUGUUUAAUCAAAAACAGUAGUUCACUUGUCCUGUCGGAUACUAAGUUAAUGUAAGGUCAUCUGAGAACAUAAACGCAGGAUCCUUAAUUAUUUUCUAUUUUUUGAUGUAGUCUGAGAAAAAAACAAUGCAUCUUGAGUUCGCGCUCCAAUCGGUUAACGUUGCCUGUCGUCGAGCCACUACUUCUAUAUUGGCCAAGUGCGCCCACUUGUGGCACAAUCUGAACUGGCAAAACGUAAAAUGACGUUCAAUUUUAUUGUAAAGCAAAAUUUGAGAAGUGUUAUUUGAAUGCGUAUGUAAUUUAAAGUUUUGCACAUUUUUCAUCGUCAAUUGAGACUAACAUAUCCCAAAUAACCAGAUUUUAUGAAGUAAUUUUUGUUUUGCGGAGAUUUGAAUUGUUGAAUUGUUCUUCCUAGAUUUCAACUGUAUAGUUUCUUGGGCAUUAUUAAAUUCAUGAUGCAAGCAAA